GAUACCGUUUGGUGACGCUACCAGCUGUUACAGUCACGUGCUUCACCUAUCACACGCACAAGGUGCACUGGCUGGAUCACCGUGGUGAGGUCAGCGCGCUGCCUCCUUAUAAACAGCUCUUCUGCAGCGGAAGGCCUCGCGCCGCAAUGUGUUUACUGCAACAAACAAAGAUCCCCCCUUGAACCCGGCGUCCUGGAGGACUUUGUCAAAUGGAAACCACGUGUGAGCCAACACGCAGCCUUCUUGGAUUAGAGUUCGUCCCCGCGCUGCCCUGCGUGCAACAAAAAAAACUCGAAGAAAGAGCUCGCUUAUUUAAAUUAACCCACGCGUAAUUAGAGCGCGCGCCCUCCUCCACGGUGUGCCAUUCAUUCGAUCAUAUUUGGCAAAAUGGGAAGCGUAUUGAUGUGGCUACUAUAGACGCAAAUGACGUGUGAGGAACUGUGGUCAUACCGCCCGGGAUACGUCGUGAAGCAUCUGACCCCAGUGCGUAAAAACGCGCCUGGACCAGAAUAAACCCCGUAAAAAAUCAUUUUGUAUAACAAAGAGGGCUCACGUGUUUCUGACAGUCGUGUUUGUUGUUCGCGGGGCUUUAGGAGAUAACACCGUCCCAUUCAGAGGCCGCCGGGUUUGCGCGGCCUGCUGCGCCAUAAUGCUCAGCGCAAGCCCUCCAAUGUCAGCUAAAUGCGGAGUGUUUUUUGUCAAUAUUAGCGGGACUACUUGAGGGGAAGUUUAUAAUUGGACAUGUGUUUCCCCCGCUUUUUUGUCGUUUGGAGAUCAACUGAUUCCAUUGUAAUUGGUUUUUAAAGCAAUGAGCGAUCCACAAGGAGGGGUAAAGUGUUCUUAAGAGCUCCCUUUCAGCCUUUAGAAAUGGCCCGAGCAACCCGCAGAGAAACACGGAGGCCCUGGAAGUAUUUAAUCCAGGAGACGUGUCCACGGGGCUGUCACACAGCAGCAGAGAUUCAUGCAGGUAGGCAGUUACCACUCUGUUAAGGGAAACACGCGCUCAGAGACCGGGGAAGAAACGGGACCGUUUUGUUUGUGCGUUUAUAAAUAUAAAAUAUGGAGGAUAUGCUUUUUGACUUUGACCAGGAUGGCACGAAGGAUUUUGCAUUUUGGGGACAAAUGGACCAAAACGUCCAGUUUCAGACCCAGCUGGACAACUUCCUGCUGGACUACACCACAGCCGCCGGGCAGCUCUCGCCCUGGUCCUCUCUGGGAAGUCAGUCCAUGUUCCCGGACGCGCAGAUGACCUUCACCGACCUCGAGGUGCAGUCUCCCGGGGCGGACGUCUGCACAGAGGGGGAAGGCUCCUCCAUGGACGACCCGCUGGAGGCGAACAGCCGCCGGGCGGAGCGGCUGGGGACCCACCAGCCCUACAAGGUGCAGCGGUACGCCGCCAACAUCCGGGAGAGGAAGAGGAUGCUGAGCAUCAAUUCCGCCUUCGAGGAGCUGCGCUGCCACGUGCCCACGUUCCCCUACGAGAAGCGGCUGUCGAAGAUAGACACCCUGCGGCUGGCCAUCGCCUACAUCGCCCUGCUGAGAGAAAUCCUCAUGUCGGGCUGCGACCCCAAGUCCUACGUGGACGAGUGCAUGAAGAAUGGCUACAAGAACCACACCAACGCCAUCUGGAACACAAGCGACCUGACAGCCCGCCUCUCCUGGAUAAAGUGGGAUUAACUGAGGAACACGGGGCACCCCCCCCCCUUCCCC